UUGUGGUUCAACAGAGAAAAAAGCGAUCAUUCUCUCGACAAAGUCAUGACGAUCAUCAAGAACUCAUCACCAUCUCCGAAUACAUCGUCUGCGAGUGCUUAUCACAGCGAUCCAUCUUCAAUCCUACUUUCUGAAUCCCCUUCUUCUAAUUCGCGGAUAUCGUGGCGUUUUGGCGGGAACCCAGUCUCAAGUUGGCAGACGACACCGCAAAUUACCCAAUCAACAUAUUCCCAGCUCGCCUGCGACAGUGGCGCGUUUGAAUCGGAUGCUGGAUCAUCGACAACAGACGCGGGAUGGUACUCGGAGACAUCAGAUCCAACAGAUGACAGCUGUUGUGGACAAGAGUUUGAAAACAGCAGAAAUGCGGAGAAGACGCUAUCGGAAAACGUGAUCCCCUGCCAAUCGCCGAAAUCAUCUGAUGACAUCACAGCUGCAGACAUCGACACAUCGGAUUGUAUCCAAGACGGACAUUCAGAAGCAGACGAUCGCAAUGAUUCUGUCACGGCGAUAUUUAGAAAAAACUUUGCACGUCGACGGCCCAGGAAACAAAGUAGACCAGAGAAGAGCGCCAGACGGUUCGACCCAGGUUUCAAGGGAGUUGUGCUGAAAUUCAAGACGAAACUUGAUAGUUUGAAUUGCCGAUAUAAAUUGCGCAUCAGAUCAUAUUAUAGUUGUCAUCGCCGCACCCGUAAUUGUCGCUACCAUCGGCACGACAGCAGACGAACUUUCCUGACCAAUGUGGACUCAACCAGUAGCUCCGACUCGGAUGUUGAUUUGGUAGUUUCUAAAAAGAACAAGCAUCGACAGAUGGGGAAAACGGGCAAGCAGUGCGCAUCUUGCGGUACGAAGAAAACACCACUAUGGAGAGAUGCCGAAGACGGUACUCCACUCUGUAACGCAUGUGGAAUCAGGUACAAGAAAUACCGAAUCCGUUGCAGCUACUGCUGGUACGUUCCCAGGAAGGCGGGCAAAUCAUGCCCCAUCUGCUCCAGUUGUGGUGAGAGGGUCCAGCUCUCUCAUGGAAGAAAAAUGUCCACAUACGUAUUCGUAACCAAGUUUGGAAAGUUCUAUAAGAAGCAAAUGUAGUUGUGGGUGACAUGAUAUGAUUGUUCCCAGUGAUUUAAUGUGAGCUUACUGCUGGUAGAUACUGUCUCAAAUGUAAUCACCAUGGUGAAAUUGGUAAGUGUUGAGACAUCGUGGCAUUCGGCUGAUUCUGAAGAUGUUUCUUGAUCAUCAUCGAGCGAAACUAAGAUUUUCGAACUGCCAAUCGCAUCUGGACGUUGAUGGCUCAGAUCAUGAUUAGAUGUCAUGAACGGCGCUCCUUGGAGACGUACUAUACUGUUAGUUCAUACAAAGUGUUUGUUUUAUAUUGUUGUUAAUAUCAUGGUGGGUGUAUUGUUUGCCCAUCGCAUGCCGUGGCUAUAGAUCAGGUCAGAGUAACAAUUGAAGUACAUUAAUGAGUUAUUUCUAACUCUCACAAUUUGACGCAUUGUGUCGCCGAGAUAGAAACCGUUUGCAUGGUGGUUUGCCUUAUACAUCCAUAUCGUUGUAUUCAUGGAUAGGAUUGAAAAUUAAUGGAAAGGUCGUAAUGGAAGCAUUGAUUGUCAAAUAUUAGCGAACCAUUUUCUGGUAAUCUCCCUUCUUGUCGUUUCAAUUGUAUUCAAUGUUUGUUAUACUCUUUUUCUUAGGGUACGAAUGUUUGUUUGGAUAAAAAGAUGAAAUCGGGAAGGUUUGAAGCAUUUUUUUAGUUCUCGUUCUGGCUUUUGUUUUAUAUGGUUGUCGCUAAGAAAAUAGCUAACUAUUUAUUUCAUUUGUUCAGUUGUUUGUUGGGCUACAUUGAUUGAUUUGUUGUACAAUUUUCACGGUUUG